GCCUCCGGUGUCACAGUCAAUGCCCAACCCUCGGAAGGAUCUGUUGACGCGCUUAAUCGGUGUUAGGGAAAGAAAAAGUAACAAAGCCUUUGAAACGGCAGAUUAGCACUUUUGAUUUGGACAAAUCCUCUGAAUUGAAAGCGAGAGGCAAGAUUGCAGACAGGAACUGAACGGAGCAUAAAGUGAAAAUUGUGUCGCGUCGUUGUGUUUGUGUGUGGAAAUUGCGUGCCAACAAGUGCCGUUGGAUUUCAUCGUAGUUCGGAAGAUAAGCUUGUAGGAAGCCAGAAAGCACUUAAUAGAUCAAUAGCGGAAAUCGAAAUUUCCAGUCUGUGCCUUCGGUCGUCGUGCACGGCGCCCAAUCUGGGGUGGUGAAACUUCUCAAGUGCCAACGGUUAUGAAAUUGGACAGACAACAGACUCGGAAGCAAUAAUGCGAGCGGAGAAACGAAAUAUGGGGAGCUCAGCAGCCAUAAUCUUGCUGAUUUCCGUCGGAUUAGCGGGAGAAAUUUUCGCAUUUAGCCAAGUUAAGCGUGACGAAGGAGAGGUUUCUGCAGCACAGCGCUAUUUCGAUACCGUUGCACCCGAAGAUAAAGAAGCUUUUCUGAAAUAUUACCUGGACAAAGCACUUGAGGAGCGUAUUCCCGGCCACGUCAGCCUCACUCCCGCCGCAUUCUCCUUUAUCAUCUACCAGGACUCCGAAUCACCAUCCACAGCACCACCAUCAACCACAGCUACGACCCAGCCGCCCGAGGAAGCACCCGACCUGGGCAGCAAUGUUGAACUAGCCCUCGACGCGAAAUACCCCAACAACUAUGUCAAGUACUGGCUGGUGUGCUACAGCUCCGGAUGCCUCGAUCCGACCGAUAUCGCCAACAUAUGCUGCCCGUUUUAAUCAAAUUCCAAUUUAGAAUCGAAAAACGGCACAACAACAACGCUGCAAUCCAACAAUUAAGUGGUCCCGUGUGUCGUUCCUGUUUUUGUAGGCCUUAAUUGAUUGAAUUAGCAAAAAUAUAUAAAAUGUGUUGCCUUUACGUUGCUGCGGUUUGCAGCAGAUGCAUUGUUGUUGGAGUGCUGGUAAAUGUUACAAAAAGGAGAAUUGGGUUUGAAUGUUUUUAUUGUGGAACAAGUACGAUGAUAGUUACUCAUGCAACUAGUUGUGAAAGAAAGACAUUUUCGGCAAGAGUAAGGAAUAAUAAGUCUUUGACAUGAGAUGUAUGAAACGGAUUGGAUAGAAGAAAAUCCACAGACUGUAUACAUGGGAAACAUUGGAAGGCUCUUUAAAAAUAUAUACUUAAAAAAAAUACCAUUUCCAUCCACUUGAAAUCCAUCACUAAUUUGCGAUAUCUAUGCACUUAUGUCUCGUU